CAUUGAUCCGAGUAUUUUCAGAUUCCUCCUCUCUCAAGUGAAAGCAACGAUUCUGUCUCUUCUCUUCUGGGGUUUAUCGAUAGCUUUGUUUCCUAAUUGAAUCCCUGAUUUUUUGACAGCCAUGGAGUUAGAGAGCUUCAGGGUAGGUUUUACUCCAACAGUAUUCUAUAUUCCCGGUUUCAUAACUGAAGAAGAGCAAACUCAGCUACUAAAUCAUAUAUAUGGAGCAUCUGGUUCCAAGUGGAAGACAUUAAAGAACAGAAGAUUACAGAACUGGGGUGGCAUGGUCCAUGAAAAGGGUCUUGUUCCACAAGAGUUACCUUCCUGGCUGACAAAGAUUACAGCGAAAAUUUGUGAAAGCUCGGGUCUGUUUCCUUCUGCUAUAAAUCAUGUCCUCAUCAAUGAAUACCAUCCUAACCAAGGGAUAAUGGCGCACCAAGAUGGACCUGCUUAUUUUCCUGUUGUAGCUAUAUUGUCUCUUGGCUCACCUGUCGUUAUGGACUUCAGUCCGCAUUUGAGAUUAAGAUCAGGCGAUGGUUACAUAUCCAAAGACCAAAGUCCCUGUGCAGAGAGUUAUGAGCCUGAGAGAGACUCAUUCUCCGUCUUGAUGAUGCCUCGAAGCUUACUGAUCUUCAAAGAUGAUGCAUAUUCAGAUUUCCUCCACGGCAUUAGCGAUAGUCCAACACAAUGCUACAACCAGGUCGUUAAUGAAGCUGAAGCUUUGGCUUACUCUAAUGAAGAAGAUUCAAGAAAAGAUGGUGACAAGAUUCUUCACAGAGACCAAACUCGAGUCUCACUUACUUGCCGUUUAGUUCCCAAAGUCCAUAAGAAUCUCUUCAAAUUUUAGCUUGCUUCCGUAAUGACUCUGGGUUGUCAUGUCGUUUAUGACUGUAUGAAAACGGCACGAUUUGUCAUGUGGAAAUAUAAAACAGCACGAUUUGUAGCUGUGGAAACUUGAGGACAAAGAACUUGCAAUGGAUAGGAUUAAAUAUGAGCCCUUCAUAUU